UAGUAGUAAGUGAAAAAAGUUAGUACUUGACAACAAGCAAACACUGAAACAAGCCAAACCCAAAACAGAGCUUCUUUAGAGAGAGAGAAUGGAGGUAGUGAGAAGAAGAAGUGGGUCUGGGUGUUUGAGCAUGGUGGUGGCUAUAAUGUGUGCUUUUGUGGUGGUAAUGGUACCUGGAGCGUUGGCUACUCGCUGGACUGUGGGAGGGAAUAUGGGUUGGAACACUAAUGUCAAUUACACUGUUUGGGCUCAGGACAAGCACUUCUACAAUGGUGACUGGCUCUUUUUUGUGUAUGAUAGGAACCAGAUGAACGUGCUAGAGGUGAACAAGACGGACUAUGAGUCAUGCAAUUCUGAUAAUUUUCUUCACAAUUGGACUACUGGAGCUGGAAGGGAUGUGGUUCCAUUGAAUGUGACGCGAAAUUACUAUAUCAUUAGUGGCAAGGGGUUCUGCUAUGGUGGCAUGAAGCUAGCAAUACAUGUGGAAAAACUACCACCUCCUCCCACAUCAACCCCAUUGGAUGAAAAAAGCAGCUCUCCUACUUUGACUUCAAGAGGCAUGAUUGUUUUGCCAAUGGUUUUGGCCAUUGGUGCAGUGUGGGAUGCAUUCUUCUGGUACUGGUAGCAUUGUUGAUCUUCAAAAAUUCAGCAUUUUAAUGAGGGCAUUCAAUUAUAUUUGAGACAUUCCUUAAACCAAUUUGUAGAAAGGAAAGGAAUCGAGUUGUAAUCCACCUUUUUUUUUUCUUUUCUUUGGGGGGUAAUUUUAAUUUAUGAUGUGUGUUGAUUUUCUUCAUGGGAUGGGAUGGAUUGGUAGCUGGCCUAAAAUUGGGGGAAGGUAGUGUGAGUGAGUGAGUGCAUGAUGUUUGAGUUUCAAAUAUGUUGACUGGACUGCAAUCUGCAAGUGCAACACUAAGAUAUGAUAUGGUUUUAUUGUUUGAGAUUUUA